CCAGCCUGGAAAUACGGCAGAUUAUCACACAAAUGAGCACAUGAACAAAGGCACCCCGGGUUCCGCGGAGAAAUGCCUCUCAAAGAGCUGACUGGACUACAAACACUGGCUGCAGCUAAAUGAGAUUCGAGGAUGUUGCUGAAGGGAAACCUGAGCAGAGGAGUCGGGGUCUGCCUUCUGCUGCUGGCUCUCCUACACAAGGCCACGGGCCAGAGGAGAAAGACAGGGCACAGGAACAACUACAGGCUGCAAGAUGAGGGAAGAAAUGGUAAUUUUUAGAUGAGGUCUCCACAUGCUGUAGGUCUGACAUGUUCACUGGAAGUGGCGUUCAUCCUGGACAGCUCUGAGAGCGCAACCAUAUCACUGUUCGAGAAACAGAAGACCUUCGUGUUGAGCUUCAGCACCCGGCUCGCCAUGCUGCAGGUACCCAGCUGGACGAUGAAGGUGCGGAUGGCUGCGCUGCAGUACAGCAGCACUGUGUCCAUAGAGCACAGAUUCUCAGCCUGGAAAGACCUGGACUAUUUUCACGGUCAAGUCAGCACCAUGAACUACAUCGGUCACGGCACCUAUACCACCUACGCCAUCACCAACGCCUCACAGCUGCUGGUGCAUGAGACCUCAAAGGAAAGCGUGAGGGUGGCGGUGCUAAUGACAGAUGGAGUCGAUCAUCCCCGUAACCCUGAUGUGAUUGCAGCUGCUGUGGAGGCCAAAGGUCAUGGCAUAAAGUUCUUUGCUGUUGGGCUAUCAGAUAUUGCCCAGCAGAAUAAUGCCAAGCUCCGGGCCAUCGCCAGCACACCUGCUCAGCAGUUUGUCCAAAGUAUGCUCGACUCUCAGCUGGAAGAGAAGCUGCUCAAAGAGAUGGGUGCAGUUGCAUAUGAAGGGUGUCCAAAGGCCCAAGUAUGUCUGUGUGAAAGAGGAGAGAGAGGUCCUCCAGGAAGUCCUGGUAGAAAAGGAGACCCAGGCUUCAGAGGGCCAGCUGGUCAAAAAGGAGCGAGGGGGGAGCCUGGGCUGAAUGGCACACCUGGAAGUGAUGGUCCACCGGGCCGCACAGGUUACAAAGGCAACAAGGGGGACAGAGGAGACUGUGGCACUCCUGGGGAAAAGGGUGACACUGGCCCAGAGGGUCCUCCGGGCCCACAAGGACCAAAAGGAGCACAGGGAGCGCCAGGACCACCAGGGGAGGUGGGUCCUGAAGGCCCAUCGGGUUCUAAAGGAGACAGAGGACCUAGCGGUCAACCUGGACAACCAGGAGACAUUGGUAUCGGAUUCCCAGGAGCCAAGGGUGACAAGGGUAAUCAGGGAAGACCAGGUCCAGCAGGUCCUCUGGGCAUAGGUGAACCAGGACUCCCGGGACCCCAAGGAUCGCCUGGAACACAAGGAAAUCCUGGACCUCCGGGAGAGGGUUUUCCAGGACCAAAGGGUGAUCGAGGAUAUGAAGGUCCAAAGGGAAGUCGUGGGCCUCCUGGUAUUGGGAUCAAAGGUGACAAGGGCAAUUUUGGGCCACCAGGAAAUCAAGGUCCAGUUGGUGCUCCUGGUCCAGGACUUCAAGGAGAAAAGGGAGAUCAGGGUCCAGCUGGGCCUCCAGGACCCAAAGGAGCUCCAGGUGUUGGAAUAGCAGGACCAAAGGGGGAUCAGGGCCUCUCAGGUGAGCCAGGACUACCAGGUGAGCGAGGUGUUGGAGAACCAGGGCCCAAAGGUGACCCUGGAGCUGAGGGGUUAUCAGGUAUACCUGGUCAGCCAGGAGAAGAUGGAAUCCCAGGACCAAAGGGGGACCUUGGGUUACCGGGGCCCCGGGGAGCUGAUGGGGCUCCUGGUAAAGGUGUCCCAGGAGAGAAGGGAGACAAAGGGGACCGGGGGUCCAGAGGCCAGCCAGGUGCAGUCGGUCCUGUGGGGCCAAUGGGCCCAAAGGGGCAACCAGGAAUUAUGGGGCUACCAGGUCCAGCUGGACUUACUGGCAGGGGUAUAGCGGGGGCCAAGGGAGAACCAGGUCCACAAGGUCCACCCGGAGCUGCGGGAGACCCAGGAAUUGGUUCACCUGGAUCCAAGGGUGACAGAGGGCCACAGGGCCCCCCUGGGCCACCUGGACUAAAAGGAGAAGGUUUCACUGGUCCCCCAGGACUUCCCGGGCCUCCUGGCCUGAUUGGAGAGACUGGACCAGAUGGGAUUGGUUUACCUGGAACAAAGGGAGAAAGAGGCUUGCCUGGGCCUCCUGGACCUGCUGGGCCACCAGGAAUCGGGUUACCUGGUCCAAAGGGUUCAGCUGGCCAAAUAGGACCACCUGGUCCACAGGGGUUACCUGGAGAAGGGUUACAAGGACAAAAGGGCGAGUCUGGAUUUCAGGGGAUGCCCGGCCCCAGAGGUCCUCCAGGACAAGGUCUGCAGGGUGAUAAGGGGGACCGAGGGUUCAGAGGUGAGAAAGGCAAUAAAGGAGACAGAGGGGAACCUGGAGAGCCGGGCGUCAUCGGACCUCUGGGCAAAACAGGACAGAAGGGGGAACCUGGACUUACAAGGGAUGAAAUCAUCAAAAUAGUAAAAUCCAUCUGCAGUUGUGCAGUGACGUGCCGCCAGACACCCUUGGAGCUCGUCUUUGUGAUCGACAGCUCAGAGAGCGUUGGCCCUGAAAACUUCAACGUGAUCAAAGACUUUGUGAACGCCCUGAUCGACCGCGCCUCGGUCAGCCGGGACAUCACUCGUGUUGGCGUGGUCCUCUACAGCCACAUAAACAUGGUGGUGGUCAGCCUCAGACAGGAAGCCACCCGUGAUGAAAUCAAGUCUGCUGUGCAUUCCAUGACCUACCUGGGCGAGGGUACGUUCACAGGCAGUGCCAUCCAACAGGCCAACCAGGUGUUCAAGGCAGCCCGGCCAGGUGUGAGGAAGGUGUCGAUCAUCAUCACCGACGGACAGGCCGAUAAGAGGGACUCGGUCAGUCUGGAGAGCGCCGUGACAGAAGCCCAGAGAAGCAACAUUGAGAUGUUUGUGAUCGGAGUGGUGAACAAAAGCGAUCCACUGUACAAGGAGUUCAAGAAGGAGCUCAACUUCAUGGCCACUGACCCCGACAGUGAUCACUUGUACCUGAUCGAUGAAUUCACAACACUUGCAGCUCUGGAGAAAAAACUUUUGAGUCAUAUCUGUGAAAACGGAGAGAGACGCUUGUUCAGCUCCAUCCCGAGCUCGGGGCUUCCUCCAGGAAUCCCAGAAGUCUCCAGCAACGCUCGAGAACCGCCAUACAGGACAGACACAGACACUCCCACUUUCACGGGAGACUUCAGGAGAGUCCAGAAAAUGCCUGGCCCUCCUGGUUCACACCCUGACGGUGAGUCCACCUCUAGAAAGAGGCCGACGAUGAACAGUAGGACCACCUUAGAAACUCAGAGGCUUCCGUUCUUCGACAGGGAGCCCUUCAGGCCGGUAACAGAGUUCCUCCCACAGUUUGAUGUGAACAACCCCACACACGAUGUGGUGAUGACCGGAGCCAUCGGGCCAGCUGGUCCUACUCUGAAGACUCCGCCUGAGGAGAAGAUACCACCGGUACCAACUCCGCCCCUGCUGACCUCUGACACCUUCCUAUCAGCCGAGCGCUGCACCCAGACCCUGGAUCCAGGGCCGUGUCGGGAAUAUGUGGUGAAGUGGUACUACGAUCCCACGGCGAAUUCCUGUGCUCAGUUCUGGUUUGGAGGCUGCUUAGGGAAUGACAACAAGUUUGAUACUGAGAAGAGCUGCAAAGAAGCCUGUGUCAAGGCCUGACAUGCACAUGCCUGCAGUCACAAACACAUGAAAUGCUUAGAAAAGAUUUUGAUUCAAAUUCAUAUGAGAUUUACCAGAAAGUUCACUUCAGUAAGUGAGUACUCUUGUAGUUACUUUGACACGGAUAGAUAAGCAGCUAAUGUUAGAAAGCAUCAUUAAAUCAAACUGAGUUUUAGGUUUUAAAUGUAGUGGACUACUUAUUUGUGGUAUUUGUCUUAAAACAAAGAA